AUACGCGGGUUCUUCGGUAGGUUUAGGGACUUCCAGUUUAAUCCGCAGGCACACCACCGCAACGAGUUUGAGCGGCUGUGUGUGCUGCGCGGGUGGAGCCGUGAAUACGGUGCGGGACUUGGCGCAUACAGGAGGCUGCAGGCAGCGGAGAUCGCCGAAUUCGAGGUACAGUUCGGAACUGAUCCUAAUGAACCUGAGGCUUGGAGACGGCUCUGCGAGACCGCGGGGAUCACGCCGAUUCCAAGGACGCUGGAUGAGAGGCGGCAGAAAAUCCUGGGGUCGCACAUCAACCUGGUCGAUAUGCUGGACGCUCGGCUGCGGAAUGGAAGAGCCAGAAUCUACGAUACAGAGAAGGAGUUGGCAGACUAUACAAACCGAACUGGAAAGUACAUCCGCAAGUCACUAGCAUACAACAGUGGCCUCUUAAUGUAUCUGUUGCGGGAGAUACUCGAAGAUAGCCAUGGCGAUGAGGAGCCGGAUGAGCAUAAGUACUAUGGGGCUAGACCUGGCGGUGUGGGAAGCAAGAGGGGCGAGGGAACGGUCCGGGUGCAUCCACAGAAACGGCGAAAUUUGUGA